AUGGCUCACAAUCAUCCACUCCAUGGACUACCAGGUCUACCAGCUCAUGCUCUCAUUACUCCUUCUAAAUUACAAGCUAAACUAUCUGGUCCUAUCGCCGAAUACGUUGUCGAUGGUCUGGCAAAAGAUAUCAAAGAACAAUCUCAAAGAGGGAAUUAUCGAUGGGUUCAUAACAUCACCAAUCCUAAUCGGCACGAUAUCCUUGGAGUGGUCUCAAUAUACACCGUUCAAGUCCCUGGCUCAGGCGAUACUUUAAAACUUGAAGUAGCCCCUCAUCCAACUCACACACAACAUCAACCCGCUCAUUACGCACAACCAACUGUAACCUGGAGAAUGAAUAUCGGAACAACUUCCUCACCUGGUGCAUUCCUUGAUACAUCUCGGGUCUUUACCAAAGGACGUGCAGCUCAAUCCAAAACUAUUGUUGAUUUGGGUACUAUCAAACGAUUCACGGAUAUCCUCGAGCAGACUAAGGAUGUCUUAGUGUUGACUAUCUAUGUUCGCAACGUGCAAGAUCCCGAUAUCAGUGGCCUACUGAAAGAACGACGUGAACAUCGUCAUCUGGUCUCAAAUCUUGGAACCCUCCUCGGCAUUCAUUCUCGGUUGUUUAAUGACCCUUGUCUAGAGACCGUCAGAUUUGUAUUUCCUCAGAGGUCUGGUCGUAGGAAGUAUUUGUAUGCUCUGGAAACAGUUCUUCGGUCUGUCAAGUAUUUUGCAAACUUGCUGGACUCUCAAUUUGCAGAAACUAAUUGUAACAGCAGCGAUUAUUCACCGAGCAAGCCCAAGAAAGCAAAGCUAGACCAUCCUUCACCUUCACCCUCAUCACAGGCAUUGGAGCCGUUGACUUCCACAGCUCUUGUCCACCUAGAUCCCUCUCUUGAUCCCACAAUCGAAUCAGACGAAUCAACGGACGGGGAUUCACAUGGUUGGUGGAAUGGCGACUCGGACGAUGAGGCGGAUGAUCCAGAUCACGAUCUCGAAGAGUAUGAGAUGCCCGCUGAGCGUUUCAAGGCCACAAUUGUAGUCACUGACACACCUUAUCCAACAUAUCGAGCACUGUUGACAUACAUGUUUAGCGGAUCCAUACGUUUCGCACCACUUCGGUCGACAUACGUAAAUGAAAAGCGCGCUGCUCGAAAACGAGGGGAAGACUUUGAGAGUUGGAAAUCAUUUGUUGAUAAUCGUAGCACCUCAAUCACGAUGGCAGAAUGUGAUUUAAUUCCGACUAGCCCUAAGAGCAUGUAUAUCUUGGCUGAUAAACUCAUCAUGCCUGAAUUACAAAAGUUAUGCAGGCAACAGAUCAUCAAAUCUUUAACACCUUCGAAUAUCUUCAAUGAAAUCAAAACCGAUAUGUGUGUUCAGUAUACAGAACUACGAAGUGGUUAUGCUAAAUAUUUACAAGAAAACUUAACAGCAGCUAUGUCAAGUGAUACGUUACAAGAGAUUUUAAUUUCGGCUCUAAGUCCAGCAGGAAGAGAAACGGCAGAUUUGUUGAGAGAUGUGUUUCAGAAACCACCUACACCUAUACCUACUACUAGUGGUAGUCAUGAAGCACCAGUUCUUGCUUCUCAUAUCAUGGAUCAUCCUCAUGAUCAUUGGGCUUUACAUCAUGAUUCUGGAUUCGAUAUGGGAGGUCUUGAUGGUGAAGAUGAUAAUGAUUUGUUUUCGGAUGAUGCUGAUUCACUUGAUUAUGUGUAAAAAAAAGAUCUGAUUGAUUUUUUUUUCAAUUUAAUUUGAUUUGAUUUUUCCCAAAAAAACAUAAGAAGAAGCAUAAGAAGCAUUUCCAUUUCUUACAACAACAAAAAAUCAUUUCAUGAUUUCUUUUUUUGUUUCCCCCUUUUUUUUACAUAUUUUGGGUUCUUUCUUUUGUUGGUUUUGUUGUAUUUUGUUUUCUUUUCUAAGGUUUAUAUGAAUUCAUGUCUUUUGAAUGUAAACCAAAAAAAAAUACAUUUACUAUUUUUUUUCUUCAGUAAUUGAUUCUUGAUGAUGUAUCG